AAUGGAUAAUUAGUACAAUCCAUUUUAUAACAAUUCUUUAGAGGCUAAUAGAAAGACUAAUUUUUUAGCAUCAAAUGGGAAGAGAGUAGUAUAAGAAUAAAAGGAACAAGUAUAUAAUUAUAAUAUUGAAACUUUUAGAUAUUGUUAAAGGAAGAAAAAUAGAGGUAAGAGAAAGCCCAAUAAAUUGAAUAUGAAAGAAAACUAUUGAAUUAAGAACCAGUACCUGUUUAUUUAUAAAGGGAUGAUCGAUAAUAAAAGGUAACUGCUUCGGAGAGAAAAGAAAUAAUAAGAAAUUUAGAGAAUGAAGCUAAUAAAAAUUCAGAUGGAGGAUUUUUUGCCAAAGUAUUUUAGCAGAAGGAUAAUAAAGAUUAAUAGAAAUUAUUAUAAAAAUAAGCAUAUAUAGAAGAAAUAUAAAAAUAAAUUGAUGAGAAGAAAAGAAAGAAAGAAGAUGAGAGAUAGAAAAAGAUGGAAGAGGAUCGAUAAUAUGAAGAGAGAAUUAUAAAGGAAAGAGAGGGAAUGAAUUAAAAUUCAGUUAUAAAAGAUGAAGAUAAAAAAUAAAUUAUCAAAACAAUAAAAAAUAGACAUCUAUUAUAAUAAUAUGAUGAAUCAAAAAUGAUUUUUAAUGAAUUUGAUGAAUAAUAGACUAAUUUAACAAAUAAUAAUAUUGUACCUAAUUAUUUAAAAGAAAAUUUAAAAGAAGUAGAUGAUAAAUUUGAAUAAGACUUAAAAAAUAAAACUAAUCCACAUACACCUUUUACAAAGUUGUAAUCUUAAAGAACAUUAUAAGAUUAGAAUCCCAUUAAUAUUACUUAUAAUCAUCCUAAUACAGCUGGAAAUGCAUAAAAUAAUAGAUCAUUUAGAAAUAAUUCUCAACACAAUAACUCUUAAAAUAAUUAAUAAUUAUAAAUGUAAUAUGAAUAAUAAUAGAUGUAAUAGUAGUAUUUACUUUAAUAACAAUAUUUUCUUUAAUAAUAAUAGUAAAUUUAAAAUUUUUAAUAACCUUAAUAUUAUCACUAAUUUGAAUAAAAACCAAUAAUUCCAUAAUUAAUGGAGAGAUUUUAAAGAGAAUUUGAAGAUUUAAAAAUGAUGAAUAGAAUAAAAAGUAAAGAAUAAGAAGAAGGAAUUGAUAAAUUGAGAGAAUAGAUUGAAAUGUAAUCUUAAAUGUGGAAUGAAGAUUUAAGAAAAUUAAGAGCUGAAGUUCAAAUAAGUGCAGAAUAAAAGAACAAAGCAUUUUAUGAAUUAGAACAUUUAAAGGGAUAAUUAAAGAGAUAAGAAUUAUUUGAAGAAGCAUAAUAUAAUAAUUAAAAUUAAUAACAACAAGCUAAAUAGAGUAAUGGUUGGAAUUAAUAAGAUAAGAAAUUGAUUACAGAAAAUGAAUAUUAAAGAAGUUAAAACCAAAGUAGAUAAUAGAAAUUUGAAGAUAAUUUUAAUUUUUAUAAUUCAUUUGAAUAAGAGUGA